AUGGCCGCGAUGGCACGUCCCACCUCCCCUCCUCGCCACUACUACUACUAUCUCCCCGCCGCGACACUCCUCCUCCUGCUGCUGCAGCCGCUAACGCCGGCGCAUGCGGCGGUGCGUACGGUGAUCGCGCCGCUGCGCGGGUCGAGCGACCGCGUGGAGAAUGCGCGCGCGGCGGAGGUGGGGGAGUUCCUGGCGCGCACAACGGAGAUGAAACCCGUGGUGGAGCGCGGAGCGCCGGUGCACGUGACUCCUCCAGACGUGACCCUGUGUGUGGGCAACGGCUUUAUCGUCCACGCUGUCAACUGCGCAGCGUUGGUGGUGUAUGACACACAGGGGAAGCAUCUCACGCGCAUCAUCCCUCAGAACGAGUUUUUCGGAACGCUCCCAGACUACGUGGACCAGAAAGACCCUAUUGAGGCGUCAGUGAUGGGCGACAACAUCGGGGGGCUCACCUGCACGUACGACCGCAAGGCGCGCCGAUUCUACCUCUCCGCCUUCUGGCUCUCGGGGACGGCCAACAACACGUUUGACAAGUUCGGGCAGACGAGGAGGAGGGGCAACACCACGGUGGGAGCGGGGCUCAAAGUGGCUGCAUCCACCUCCGACGACCCCACCCAGCCCUGGAACACCUUCUUCAUCCCUGGCUCCAACGAUGGCACCAACUCCAAUGCUGAUUGGAUGGCGCCUCUCCACUUCGCCACGUCACAACUCACCACACGCUUUGUGAAUCCUCAAAUCGGCACCGAUGCUUAUGGAGUGUACGUGUCGGCAAACCAGUUCCCGGAGGACUUUUCAAGCCUUUUGGGGCCCAACAUUUUUCACCGCGUCCCCCCUGCCUCUUCCCCCCCCACUCCUCCCGAACCCCUUCACCCAACCCCGCGUCCCCUCAUCCCUCCCCCCCCUGCCAGCGCCAUAUCCAAGGCUCAGCUGGCGCAGGCACAGAACGCCACCAUUCUGCGCUUCGUCGUGCCGGCCUCCCCCACCCCCACCAACCCCUCCUGGACCACUCUCCCUCAGAAGGUCGCAGCAGACGGCUCAUACGACUACUCCCACGGAGGCACCAUGUAUUUCGCCUACACCGGCAGCAUCAACCCCCCCGCACCCAACGAGACCCUACUGUUUCCCAACGUCACCGCUAUGGGCGCCUUUGCUCUCACCGGCACGAUGGCCCUCGGCACGCCGGACGCAGAGAACCGCGUGGAACCGCACUGCGCCGCAGUUUACACCCCGCCGCAUGUCCUCCCGCACGCAGUCACCCAGAAGAGAGGACCCGUGCCGAUAGCCUGGAAGAUGGGACACGGCAUCGCACCCAUCGGGAUAGCGGGUGUGGAUGCGAGUGCCGUGGUGGUGGACCCUGCAAGGAGGCAGAUGUGGGUGUCGUUUAUGUCUGCAGCUGGCAAGGAGCUCAGUGCCACUGCUGUGGUGGUUCGCCUGCAGCUGUCGCUCCGCCCCCAGCGCACGGCGCACACGUUCCGCGUGUUUCUGGAGCGGUUCAAAGCGGUGGGCGUGGAGGGGAAUAGUCUGCUUCAGCCCACCAUGGCGCUCAACAGCCGGGGCGAGGGCAUCCUGGCAGCAUCGCUGGCAGGCCCCAAAUUCUACCCCUCGGCUGCCUACGCACGCAUCAACGGCAACACUGACGUGGGCAGGAUCGUCGUCGCCGGUCCUGGAAAAGCGCCUCUCGACGACUACCUCACGUACCGCUUCAACAUCCCUGUGCUGCUGUACGGGGACUUCAUGUCCGCCACUAUAGAUGAGGACGGCAAUGCGUGGGCGGCAGUGGAGUAUGUGGGCGGCGUGGAGCGGACGGAUUAUAGCAACUGGGGCACCUAUAUCUUUAAGGUGGACUUGGGGGAGAAGAAGGGCGGAAGUGAUGGGAGCAGUGGUGGGAGCAGCAGCGGUGGUGAUAAUAGCAGUGGCAGCGAUGGGGACAAUGCCGUCCGUUACGAUCCCCUUUCUCCACCUGGUUUCUCUCACCCCAUUUCUCUCAAUCGCGUCACCUCCCUUCCCCUCGCCAUUCUACGUGCCUCCCGCCAUUCAACACAUCCCUGCCUUCGUCUCGCUCCCUUUCUUGUCUCUCUCCCCCUUUCCUCUCCCUCCCUCCCUCCCUCCCUCCCUCCCUCCCUCCCUCCCUCCCUCCCUCCCUCCCUCCCUCCCUCCCUCCCUCCCUAUCUCUCCCUUCCAUUUCUCCCCGUCUCCUCCUGCCUCUCUGCCUCCAACGCACCACACACCUCCGUUUCGUUCUCAACACUUGUCCUCCCGCCUGCCCAGCACCGCCCGCCGACCGGCAUCGAAGUGCUCUUUGCCCUCCGCCCCUCCACUGCUGCUGCACCCCCUCCCGCCUCUGCCGCUCCCUCCUCUGAUUCUCCUCCCUCUGCUGCUGCUCCUUGCUCUGCGGUUCGUUCACCUGAUGCUGCUCCCUCCACUGCCGCUGACAAGAGCUCGUUACAAGCACAAUCCGCUGCACCCUCCACUGUCUCUUCCAAGAGCUCGUUACAAGCAACCUCCGCUGCACCCUCCACCGCCCCUGCUAAGACCCCGUUUCAAGCACCCGCUGCUGCACCUCUCACAGCCUCUCUCACAAUUGUCUCCCCUGCCGCAGCCUCCGCAGCCCCUCUCAAGAGCGUGUGCAAAGAACCCUCCGCUCCUCCUCCCCCCUUGAAACGCCUGUUAAAGGACCCCUUCUCUAUUACCACCACAGCCUCUGGCAAGACUGGUUCCUCCUCCGCCGCUGCUGUCACAGCGCCUCACAAGAGCGCAGUGGCAGCAGCCCCCUCUCCUGCCCCCACUGCCCCAUUCAAGACCUCGUUACAAGCAACCCCUGCUGCUCCUUCCACUGUCCCUGCCAAGAGUGCAUCAGGCACCCCACCUGGCCUUUCCACUGCUGCUCCGAAGACCUUGUUUGGGAAAGCCCCUGCUGCUCCCGCCCAGGCCCCAAUUAAGCAUUCAUUAAAAGCACACCUAGCUGCUCCCUCCACUGCUUCUGCAAAGUAUGCUUCAGAAGGCUGGAGGUCGGAAGCGGGCGGUGCAGGUGCGGGGAGGGGUGGUGGUGGGAGGGAAGCACAGGAGGGUCCGUGGAGAGAGGGCGGCAGACUUGGAAAGGGCGCAGAAAGAGAAGGGAGUGGUGGGCAUGUGAAGAGUAGUGGGCUUGUGAGGAGUGCUGGGGUUGUGAGGAGUGGGAGCAAGGAAGGCAGGGGGUAUGGGAAGAGUGUGAAAGCCGGUGGCAGGGUAGGGGCAGGGAGAGGUGGAGUGGACGGUGCAGAUGCAGGGAGGGGUGGAGUGGACGGUGGAGAUGCAGGGAGGGGUGGAGCGGACGGUGGAGAUGCAGCAGGGAUUGCAGGGAAGGUAGACAGGGGAGUGGCGAGAGCUGAUGGUGGGGGGUUAAGAGUGGGGGGUGAGUGGAGAGAGGGGGGCAAGCAGGUGAAGAGUGCGUGGGGCGUGGGGAGCGGGAAGGAUGUGAAGGCUGGUGGCAAGGCAGGUGCUGGGUCAGGUGCUGGGUCAGGUGCUGGGUCAGGUGCUGGGAGUGUGGGGAAGCAAGGCACAGGAGUGGGAAUAGGUGGUGGUAAUGGUGGCGACGGGGGUCGAUUGGAGGGGAAGAGACUAGAGGGUGCUUGGCUGGCGAAGGGUGCUGGUGGGGCUUCAGGGAAGGUGAAGGGUGUGGGGCCGCCUGGGCAUGCUGUGAGAGCUGGAGGUGUAAGAAAGGAAAAUGUGGGGACAAGUGCAUUUCGCAGGGGGAUGGUCACCGGUGGUGGCGAGCAGAGAAGAGAAAGAGAUGCGGUUACAGGAAGCAAAGGGGCACCCGUCACAGGAAAGGUGUUGGAAGGGAAGGGGGUUGGAGUGAGGGAACACGGAGGGAGGGAAUACGGAGGGGCCAAGAUGGCACCAACAACCAUAGGCUUCAAACUGGGAGGCAGAAAAUUGGGAGGGAGCAAGAUGGAAGGGAGCAAAGAAGGGAUGAGGAUAGGAGCAGCAAAGGAGAUUGGUGCAAAGAGAAUGUGUGAAAGCAAGGUGGUAGAAAAAAAGGGUUACUCAAGACUGGUAAAAGUUGGAGCGUUGAGGGCAAAAGCAUUGGAGGGAAAGCGUGAGAAGGGGGGAGAUGAGGGAAGGGACAGAUGGAGGGAUGACUGGAGUGAGAGGAGAGAGGAUGAGAGAGGGAGGAGAGGGGAUGAGAGUGAGAAGAGGACAGACGAUGAAAGUGAGAAGAAGAGAGAGGAUGAGGGUGAGAAGAGAGAGGAUGAGAGUGAGAAGAAGAGAGAGGAUGAGAGUGGGAAGAGAGAUGAUGAGCGUGAGAAGAGGAGAGAUGAUGAGAGUGAGAAGUGGAGAGAGGAUAAGAGUGAGAAGAGGAGAGAGAAUGAGAGUGAGAAGAGGAGAGAGGAUGAGAGCGAGAAGAGAGAGGAUGAGGGUGAGAAGAGGAGAGAGGAUGGGAGUGAGAAGAGGAGGGAGUAUGAGAGUGCAAAGAGGAGAGAGGAUGAGAGUGAGAAGAGGAGAGAGGUCGAGAGUGAGAAGACGAGAGAGGUCAAGGGUGACAAGAGGAGAGAGGAUGAGAGUGCGAAACGAAGACAGGAUGAGAGCGAGGAAGUGAGGGAUGGCCGGAGGGGGGAAGAGUGGGAUUCUACCAGCAGGGAUGUGGAGAGGACGAAAGGGAGAGACAAUGCUAGACAGCAGCUGUUGGAGCGUGGAGGGGAAGGUAGUAUGAAUACCAGGCAGCAGUUGUUGGGAACGAAUUGGAGUACUGAGGAGGAGGGAUGGGGGAUUGAUGAGGAGGAAUGGAAUGAGGAGGAGGAGGGGAAAGAGGAGGACAAGCAGGAGAAGGGGGGGGAGCAAGAGGAGGAGGAAAAGGAGGGGAAGGAGGAGAAGCAGGGGCUAGGGGAGAAAGAGGAGGGAGAGGAAGAGAAGGGCAAGGUACAUGAAAGAAGGGAAAGGAGUCUGGGGAUGGAAAUAGGAAGCGAGUUCUGUGAUGCAAUCAGUGGGAGGCUUGGAGGAGCUAGGCAGGUAUUCACUGGUGUUGAGGAGGAGGGUGGCAGUGCUGUGAGCCUGAGAGAUAGUGCAGCCGCUCACAGCACGGCCAUCCUCGCUCCUCCUCCUCUCCCUGCUGAAGUGCUGAUGAUGAGAGCGGAUGACGCAAGAGAAGGGGAAUAUGAUGAGGCUGUGGGAUUAACGACUGAAGGCAGUGAUUCAGGAGUGUGGAUGAUGGUUGAUGAAAUGAAGGAGGGAGUUGUUAGGAAGGGCGAGGAGGAAGAGGAGGGAGGGGUGACGGGAGAGAAGGAGAGAAGGAUAGAGGAGAAGGCGACGGAAGAAGUAGAGGAAGGGGAGGAGAUACGGGAAGAGGAAGUGGAGAAAGUGAGGGGAGGGGAAGAGGAGGAGAGAAGGGAAGAGCAAGAGGAGAGGAGAAGGGAAGUGCAAGAGGAGAGGAGAAGGGAAGAGCAAGCAGAGAAAAGAAGGGAAGAGCAAGAGGAGAGGAGAAGGGAAGUGCAAGAGGAGAGGCGAAGGGAAGAGCAAGCGGAGAGAAGAAGGAAAGAGCAAGAGGAGAGGAGAAGGGAAGAGCAAGAGGAGAGGAGAAGGGAAGAGCAAAGAGAGAGGAGAAGGGAAGAGGAGAAGGAAAGGGAAGAGGAAGAGCAGGGGAGGAGGGAAGAGGAGAAGCGAAGGGAAGAAGAAGAGGAGGAUGAGAAAAGAAGGGAAGAGGAGGAGGAGAAACGAAGGGAAGUGGACGAGGAGAAACAAAGGGAAGAGGAAGAGGAAGAUGAAAAAAGAAGGGAAGAGGGAGAGGAGAAACGAAUAGAAGAGGACGAGGAAGAGGAAGAUGAGAAAAGGAGGGAAGUGGGAGAGGAGGAAGGAAGAAAAGAGGGAGAGGAGAAACGAAGGGAAGAGGGGGAGCAGCAAAGGAGGGUAGAGGGUGAGGAGAUCAGCGAAGAGGAGGAGGAGGAGGAGCAGCGAUGGCAGCCCCUGGCAGAUGGGCGAAAGGCGGAGCCAAGCAGUGUUGGAGGGGGGGCUGAGGAGCAACAUAUGCUGGACAUGAUGGGUGGCGGCUUCCGACCAGUCAGGAGGCGAGUGCUGCGCUGUGCCGUGCAACAGGAUGGCAUGCAGCAUGGCAUGCAGCAUGAUGGCAUGCAGCAUGGCAUGCAGCAUGAUGGCAUGCAGCAUGGCAUGCAGCAUGAUGGCAUGCAGCAUGGCAUCCAGCAUGGCAUGCAGCAUGGCAUGCAGCAUGGCAUGUGGUAUGACAUGUGGUAUGACAUGGAUGAGGAGGAUGCUGCAUGGCUAACGGCCUACAACAGCAGAUUCACCCAUGCUUAUGAGCCUCAUGCCCAUGCCCAUGCGUAUGUGCAUGCUGAUGAGACGCCUCCGAACAUGGGUCUGUCAGAGGAGGCAUUUGAGGCGUGCAUGGCCUCCCUGGACCUUCACCCUGCUACUCCUUCUGCUGCUGCUCACAACAUCGCCUGUGAUGCUGUUGCUCCUGAUGUUGCUGCCACAGCUGCUGUUGCUGCUGUUGACAAUAAUGAUGACAACGCUGCUGCUGAUGUGGAUGUUGCCUCUGCACGUGCUGCUGGGGUGAUGGCCCAUGCUGAUGCUUCUGACCUCGAGCUCCCCAUGCAAGGAGGCUUGAGGGCAGCAGGAGAGGAGGGCGGAAUAGGAGCACCGCAGGGGCCGACAACCCUGCGAGAACCACAGGGGCCGGAGGAGACAAGGACAAAGGCAGUGCGGCAUGAUGCAGAAGAGGCACUGCGAUGCGAUGUGUGCUUCCAGCCGGGGGAGACGCCCUACAACCCUCCCUCCACCAACUCUGCUAUGGCGCAGUGGGCCUUCCCCCUCUCUGCUUCGAUACUAAGUCCCUGCCCUCUCCUGUUUCCUGCAUGCUGUCUGCUUCUCUCCUCACCUAACCCUCCCUCCCAUCCACCCUCUCCCUCUCCCCCUCCCCCCAUCAGUUCCUCUGCUGCUCCCUCUGUGCCACAGCCGUCCACCAGCUGUGCUAUGCAGCAUUCCUCUGCUGCUCGCUCUGCGCCACAGCAGUCCACCAGCUCUGCUACAGCGCAUUCCUCUGCUGCUCCUUCUGCGCCACAGCCGUCCACCAGCUCUGCUACGGCGCCGUGGGCCUUCCCCCCCUCUGGGCUGCCGUUUGAGUCAUCCUUCACCUAUUUUCCCCCCAAUCCGCCCCCUCACCGCUAUCCACCUCUCCCCCCCCACCAGUUCCUCUGCUGCUCCCUCUGCGCCACAGCAGUCCACCAGCUCUGCUACGGUGCUGUGGGCCUCCCCCCCCUCUGGGCUGCGCGCUCCCUCCUCCCCCCCUCCUUGCACGCCCCCCCCCUGCCGUCGCUGCUCCCACUGGCUAGCGACGGGAAGGCAGAGGGAGAAGGGCCAGGUGGAGAGUCAGGUCAGAGUGGGCAUGGUGCUGGUGGCGGUGCUGCUGGUGCCACUGCUGGUGAUGGUGCUGCUGCUGGUCAGGGCAUGCAGCUGAGCAAGCAGACAGCAGCGAAGCGGUUCAGGUGGCGCUGUGUGCCGUGCCAUCUCUACGCCAGAGCGUGCAGCGGUGGUGGCGGCGGCGCUGCUGCUGCCAGCACCUGCUCCCAGCCGCCUCCCCUCACGGUAGAGGGAGGGAGGGAGAUGCCAAGUGGCGCUAUGUUCGUCCCGUGCCAUCUCUACGCCCAAGCAUGCAGCAGCGGUGGCGCUGCUGCUGCCAACACCAGCCUCCUCCCCUCACGUGAGUACCAGGUGGUUCAAGUCAAUGUGUACAGUGUGCCGUGCCGUCUCUACGCCAGAGCGUGCAGCAGCGACGGCGGCGCUGCUGCUGCCAACACCUGCUCCCAGCCGCCUCCCCUCACCGUAACAGGAGGAGGUGCAUCAAGCCGUGCUGUCGAGACGUCUCAACAGCCCUCCCCCCCUCCCCUCAACUCCCCCAGCUGUGCCUUGUGUCGCUUAACCGGAGGAGGUGCGUUCAAGCUGUGCCUGGACGGGCCGAUGCCAGCCGAAGGGCGUGGGGAGCGGGGGGAGGGAGCAGAGGAGAAGUUGAUCGGACCAGAGGGGCAUUCCGCCAGGGCUGAGGGGCGAGUGGGAGGAGCAGUGGCGGCAGGGAUCAGAGGGGAUGCUGGUGGGGAGUCGGGUGGUGAAAGGAAGGAGGUGGGGCAGGGGAAGGGCAGGUACAUGCAGGAGUGGCAAGCAAGGGUGGGCAAGAAGAGAGAGGGUAGCGGCUGCCAAGAAUUGGGCAGAGGAAUGAAAGGAGAGGGUGAGGCGAACGCAGUGGGUGCUGCUGGUCCUGUCAUGCUGAAAGAGGAGCGCAGUGGGGUGAAGGAGGGAGUUGAGCACAGGUUGCUGCAGAGGGAGCGUGGCAGCGGUGGGAGAGAUGCGGCAGGGGAGGUGAAUAGAAUCUGCAGUGCAAGUGGUAGCGGCGCGGGCCGAGGGAAACGUGACCCGAACAGGGGUCAAGAUGACAAGGCUACGUGCUUACAAGUCAGUGACGCGUGUCAAGAGGGCAAGGCGAGGCAUCAAGGAGACAUGGACAUGCCAGCUGCAGCAUCGGAAGGCAUGCCUCUUGCAUUGAGAGGCAUCCCAGCUCUGAGUCCCUUCAACCCAUCAUGUGAGUCCCUCUGUCUCUUCCCGCUCUUCUCUCCUACCUUUCUCGUGUUCCUUCUCUCCUCCUCCCGUUCUCACUCUCCCUCGCCCCUUCUCACUCUCCCUCGCCCCUUCUCUCUGUCUAACUCUCCCUCCGUACCUCUUCCUCUCUGUCCCUCACCCCGUACUCCCUUUCCAAACUCUCCUCUCCCACGCACAGGGGUGUGGCAGCUGCUGCAAAGAAGAGGGCAGAAAGCAGACAACAUUUGGCGGCGCCAGCAGCAGCAGCAGUGGCGCGCUGUGCCUUCUGCCAUCAGGCUGACAGCCCUCUCGAUCUGCUCCCCUGCGCCUACCCUCUCUGCCCCACCCGCUUUCACGUUCGCUGCGGCCUGCUGCAUGGCUGCUCCGCUAUUAUUUAUUCUCAACCUAAAGUACCGUCCUAUCCCCUCUAUCCCUCACAUUCCUCUCUCACAGGUGCGAGAAACUGACUUGUACCAGCGCCAGGUGACGGCCUUCUGUACCGCACAUGCUGCAGGUGUGCAAGGGGGUGAGGAGGCAGCAGCCGCUCCCUCAGGUGCCCAUGGCACACAUGACACUGCCACACAUGGGACUGCCAAGCAUGAGAACACAGCAGGGGUUGUCGUCAGUGUGACAGCAGCGUCUUUAGAUGAAGGCUGUGGUGGGGCUCUGGUGGAGAGGGAGCAGAGACGUGUAGACAGAGAGAAGGGGCACGUGGGGGCAGUGAAAGCGGCUGUUGAUUUGAUGUCUCAAGGGUGGGAGCCGGGGUUUCUGGGGGAGCAUAUAGGUGCAGCGAGGGGGCAUCUGGGGGCUGUGAGGGAGCAUUGGAGGAAGCGGAGGGAGGCGAAUGGAGGCAUGCCCUCACUGCUUCACCUCGCACAUGCCCGAAUGCAGCAGCUAGAGGCGGCUCAGCUCACACCAUCAACACCCCUCCACGAGAAUGUCUCUCCUUCCUCCAACCUCCCCUGUCCUUGUGCUGCUGCUGCUGCCCCUGCUGCGGCCACCGUUGAUGGUGAUGGUGGUAGAGCUGGUCACGAUGAUGGUGGAUAUGAUGGGUUGAGUGCUGAUGGCGCAAGGGACCCGUGGGAGAUGCAGCAGGUGCAGGAGACAGAGGAACACGAUGAGAGGAAGAGGGAGAGUGGUGAGAGGAGAGCAGGAGUGCUGAGAGAGUGCUUCAAGCGCCGCAAGGGCUACGGCGUCAAGGGGUGGACCACGGCCCUGCGCCAGCCCUCCUACACGUGCCAUGGGUGCCUGGGGGAGGAGGCACGUGCGGAUGUGAGCGUGCAUGGGGAUGCGGGCAUGGGUAUGCCUAGGGAUGCGGAUGUGCAUGGGGGUGCGGGCGUGCUUGCACGUGUCACGGGGCAGGCAGGUGCUAGUGGUCAUGCGGAUAAGGGUAAAGUUAAGGGAGGGCGUGUGAAGCGAGCGAGGAGGCAAGUCGAGGAGGAAGAGGAGAAGCCAUUGGGUUGCGAGGAAGAGAAGGAAGAAGAAGAGGAGCAGGAGGAGGAAAUGGAGGAGGAGGAAGAAGAGGAGAAAGAGGAGGAGGAGGAUGAGGAGGAAGAAGAGGAGGAAGAGGAAGAGGAGAGGCGGGGUGGAAGAGACAUUGAUUUUGAAGAGGAGAUAGGGGUGGGUCUGCUGAGCAGGGGUGGGGGAAGGCGAGCAGGGGAGAGGGAGAGGGCGAGCAGGGACAUGGAGAAAGGGAGAGGCAGGCAGGUGAGAGGAAGAGGCAGGGGAGACGGAGUGAGGGCCAGUGAAUGGGUGGCAGAUGUGCCAUGCAGUGAGGAGGAAGAAUCAGAAGGGAUGAGAUUUGGAGCAAGGAGCAGGGGGAGAGGUGGAAAGGUUGGGCGCAGGGGAAGGGACGUGUGGGAAGUGAGUGAGGGGUUGGUUGAGACGAGGAGUGAGUUGGAGGAGGAGGAGGAGGAGGAGGAGGAGGAGGAGGAGGAGGAGGAGGAGGAGGAGGAGGAGGAGGAGGAGGAGGAGGAGGAAGUGUGUGGGCGAGUCCAAAAUAACAGUGAGUUUGGGGGGCCAGAGGAGGAGGGGCAGGAGGGCAGUGGCGGGGAGGAGGAAGGAGAGGGUAACUGGGUGCAUGUGGUGGUAAAAGGGGAGAAGGCUGAGCGAUUGCAGUUGCAAGAGAUAGUGCAUGUGCGUGUGGUGAGCAGGGAUGGGUUGAAUGCGGUGAACAGUGAGAGUGUAGAUUUUGAGAUGGAGGGUCAGGAGAGAGUGGGAACAGAUGGUGUUAAGUGGGAAGGAGAGGGGGAGGAAGAGGAGGAGGAGGAGGAGGAGGAGGAGGAGGAGGAGGAGGAGGAGGAGGAGGAGGAGGAGGAGGAGGAGGAGGAGAGAAGGGAGGAGGAGGAGGAGGGAAGGGAGGAGGAGGAGAUUAUUAGUGAUGAGGGAGAGAGGGCCACAAUGGGGAGCUUCGGGGAAGAGGAGGCGGGAGCAAUGGUAGUAGAUGAGGAGGAGGGAGGGGAGGGAGGGGAGGGAGAGGAGGAGCAGUGGAAGCAGGAGCUGUGGAGUGAGUUGGAUCGGAUGGUGGCGGAAGUUCAGGAUGUGGGUGGAGGCCACGUGGGUGGAGGCCACGUGGGUGGACUUGCAGGGGACAUACUGGCGAGUGGAAUGGAAGAGGCAGAGGGACACGUGGGGAGGGGUGAAGGCAGGCACCGGGAGAGAAAGGAUGGCGAGGUGGGAGGAGUGACAUGGGGCCAUGUGCAUGGUAUGGCAUCAGGGGAUUCACAUGCACAUGCACAUGCACAUGCCCACACAUUUGCAUCUGUUCGGUGUAUCACGCAUGAGCCCCCUCAUGUGGACACGCAUGGGGGUUUGCAAGUAGAGCAUGGGGGGCUUGUGGGGCACGAAGGGGUGAGGGCGGAGGGAAAGGAGGGCGGGGUGGGAGAGGAGGAGCAGUGUGAAGCAGAGGGGCGCACGGAGCGAGUUCGAGAGGAUGGGAGGGAGUUAGCUGGGGGGGUAGUGAGUGUGGAUGGGAGUGUGGGAGGUGAGGGUGGAAGCAUGGCAGCUGCAGGCAUGGAUAAAGGGCUGUCUGCUCCCUGUGACUGGGGCGGAGAUGACGGGGAUGGUGAUGGUGAGGGGGAUAAUCACGAGGCUGUAAGAGAGGAGGGGUGUGGUGCAGGGCACUCGGGACUGGCGAGUGGCAUGUGGGGGGAUGGGGACCAGGGGCAUGGCUCUUGGGGAGCAGAUGGGGGAGGGGAGGGUGGAGCGGGAGGAGGGGAUGGUGGGGAUGAUGGGGAUGGAGGGGAUGGUGGGGAUGUGGGGGAUGAAGGGUGGUGGAGCCGAAUGUUUCCUGAUUCUCCCUUAGCCCCUCACGAACAGCCUCACACUCACCAGCAGCCGCCCAGUCUCGAGCUACACGUCAGUGGAAUGACUCUUGGCUCAAUCCAUCCUCCUUCACAGCUACCCCUUGACGCCCCUCAUGCUCUCUCUCCCCCUGGUCUUCCUGCCGUCCCUUCCCCUCAUGCACAUGCAACCCUGUCCCCUCCUGUAUCCUCUUCCUCUCCCAUGCCCUCUUCCCCUUCCAUGCCGCCUCCCCAUUCCGUAACCCUAUUCGCUGCUGCACCCACUACUACUGCUCCAGCCGCCAUGCCAUUUCCCUCCCAUGCCACCCCAUCUCCCUCCCACGCCACCCCAAGCCUCCCCUCGUCUCCCUCCCGCUCAACGCCUCUCAUCAUGCCCUCUCCCUCCCACACAGCCCUGCCAAUUCCUCCAUCCCCCUACCCAGCGCCUUGCUCCAUCCCUCCCCACGCCCCACACUCACUCAUAGCUUCGGCCCUCCCUCUGCUACCUCCUGCUCCUCCUCUGAUGCCCCAUGCCCUGCAUCUGCCUGCUGCACUUGGUGCAGGAGGGGCAGAGGCAGAGGGGCAAGAUGAGGGACGCGAGGAACCGGGAGUUGUGGGGUUGCAAAGGGGUGUCGGACAAGGGAUGGGCGAAAGGGAGGGGUCAGAUGCAGGGGAGGUGGGCGGGAGGUGGGGCAAGCGGCAGAGGGUGGAAGUGGGGGGAUCAGCAGCAGAACCAGACAGCUUGGAGGUGCAUGGCAGUGGUGGCAUGGUGGGGCAUGGCAGUGGGGGCAUGGUGGGGCAUGGUAGCAGGAAUGCGAGGCUCAACUCGGGUGCAAGUAUGAAGGCAGAUGUAGGCGAGCUUAUGGCGGGGUCAAGGGGCGGCAACAGCUUGCAGCAUUCUAGCAGCAGUGAUGGCAGUGGUAGUAGUGAUAGCAGUGACAGCACCAGCAGCAGCAGUGUCAGCAGCAGUAGUGAGGAGACGAGUAGCACCAGCAGCGGCGACAGUAGCAGCAGCAUGAGUAGCAUGAGUGGGGGCAGGCAAGCCACUACACUUCCUGGUGGUGAGAGGAGCAGGAUGAGGGAGGAGCAAGGGAAGAAUGCAGGAAGAAUGGUGGCUGGGGAAGGGACCUCGGGAGCAGGAUCGGCAGAAGGCAGAGAGCGAGAGGAGGAAGUGGGGAACAGCAGCGGUGGGAUGAGGGUGGAGAGACGAGGAGGGAGAGUAGAAGGUGAAGGGGGGAGGAGCACACCUGUACUGCAGGGGAUGCGAGAAGACAGGGACGGAGGAGGUGGGGGUGGUGUGAGGAGAGUACGUGAGGACAAGGGAGGAAGGAAUGCGGAAGGGGAGAGGAGGAGCUUUGAAGGGUCCCGAAAAUCUGGAGGGGAAAGGAGCUGGGGCAAGGUAGAGGGAGGUAGGAGGGCCGGGGCGAGAGGGGUUGGCAGCAGUGGAAGGGGAAGUGGUGAGGGGAGAGAGUGGAGAGGUAAUGUGCCAGGUGGGGGUAGUAGGGAAAGGGUCUCUGGAAGCAGGUUGAGGGGAGGGGAGGUGCAGAGGGUGAGGGGAGGAGAGGAAGCGAAUGCAGGGCGUGAUGAAGGGUCACUUGGGAAGAGAAGGCGAGAAGAGAGUGCAGAUGGGGGAAAAGGGAGUAGUGGUUGGCGGGAGAGGCGUGGAGACGGGUGGGGGAGGCGUGGAGAUGGGCGGGAGAGGAGUGGAGAUGGGCGAGAGAGGAGUGGAGAUGGGCGGGAGAGGAGUGGAGAUGGGCGGGAGAGGAGUGGAGAUGGGCGGGAGAAGAGUGGAGAAGGGCGGGAGAGGAGUGGAGAUGGGCGGAAGAGGGGUGGAGAUGGAUUACAGAAGGAGAUUGCACAGGGAAGAAAGGAGGGGAAAAUGCAGCAAGGGAUGGGGAAAGGCAUGGGAUAUGAGGGGAAGGGCAUGGAGCAUGUAAAAGGUGGUGAAGAGGCAAAGAUGAGUGAGGAUGAUGUGAGGGCAAGUGGAGCAGAAGGAUUGGAGGUACAGGGAGAUGCGGGUCACAACGAGAAGGAUGAAAGGGGCAGGGGAGCGAGAAGGGAAGAUGAGAGAGGAAGAGAAGUGAGAAGGGGCAAAGACGGAAGGGGGUUGAGAAGGGACGACGAGAGAGAAAGGGGGUUGAGGAGGGACCAGGAGAGGGAAAGGGGAGUGAGAAGGGACGAUGUAGGGAAGGAUUUUCAGGCUGUGGGGACUGCAGGGAAAGAGCAGAAGAGAGAAGGACAGGGUAGAAGUGGAGAAGAGAGGCAGAGGGAUAGGGAUAGGAGAGCUGAUGGAAUGAAGGAUAGAUUCUGGAACAAGCGGAAGCACUCGAAUGAUUGGGACAGGGGCAGGGUAGUUGAGAGGAGGAGAGAGAGCAAAGGGGGUUGGGCAAGAGAGAGGGAUGGGCGGGGUGGAGGAGUGAUGAGGGAGGGGGGAAGUGGGCUGGGGAGAGAUGGAAUGGAGAAGGACAGAGCAGCUGGAAGAAGCAGAGAGGGGGAUGAAGAGAGGAUGAGAGGAAGGGCAGAUGGGAGGGUGAGGGAAAGGGAGGAAAACAAGGAGUUGAAGAGAGGGAGUGAAGGGAUCAAGGAGGGCAUGCAGCGGUGCGACAAGGAUGGAAGGCGACUGGAUAGGGAGGGGGAUUUGUCUAGAGAAAAGGGGAUUACACUCAAAAAGGGGAGGGAGGAUGCAAGGCAUGGAUCGAGCAUCCAGCAGGGUGAGAGGAGCUGGGUGCAUGAAAAGAAGGGCUUUAAUGCUCGUGAUGGGGGUUUGAGUGUGAAGGAGAGGGGGGGCUCGAGCACUGGAGGAGCGGCAGCAGGUGCAACGGACCAGGAGAGUGUGAGGAGGCGUGGGGAGGGGGAGAGGAGCAACAGCUGUGGGAGUGGUGCGGAACGGAAGCUGACAUUCCGACGGCAAGAGGGCGGUUUGCAUGAGAGGAAGACGGAAGAGAGCCAACAGAGCAAGCAGGAAGGGCGUGUGCACGAGUCGAGAAGAGAGGAAGAGGGGAAGAAGGUGGGAGCUGGUGGGCAGGAGGGUGGUGGAGGUCGUAGGGGGGGUGUGGGGGAGGAGAGCAGCAUGAAGCACCAUGGGUCUAGGAAGGAGCAGCAUGAAUACUCCGUGCGGCAUGACCAACCUCCAAAAACAUUCAGAGCUACUCGGAGAUAG